AGGGAAAGAUCUGACAAACCCUGGCAGCAGCCUCAGCACCAAGCUGAGUUUCUGGAAGAAGCAUUCGGAUUCUGUGAACUUUCUUCUCAGCAUCCUCCCUCGGAUUCUCUUUUCGGGUAAAAGAAGGAGACCAGCUCGGGGACCACAGAACAGGAAACCACCGAGGAUGCAGCCUGAGCAGCCAGGAACCAUGGAGGAGAAGCCGGGGGAGGAGACUAGCCGAGGAGGCAAUCUGUUCCCCUGAAGCCGCAAGCAGGGAUUCCAGCAGGAGGGAGGGAGCCCCUGUCUGCCGCAGAUUGAUGGCUGUGUCCUUGGAACAGAAAGGAAUUCUGCCUCCACCCGCCGAACACAAAGCUGCUUAGAGAAGCACCAACUUGGGAAGUUGCCAGAGCUCCUAGCAGCCCCCUCCUGCACCUUUGGGACACAUGACUCUUUCCAAGCUCAGCAGUGCAAACAAUGGGUGGCCCUUGGGGUCUUCCCCUCCCCGGGGAUUACCAUAGACACUGAGCCAAGGACUCGGGCUUUCCGAAGGCCCAUGGAGAUCCACUUCACUCCGGGCUCCCUGCCCAAAACACCCACCCAUGGACCCCCUUGGACUCGAGUCCACUGGGCCACCAAUAGAAUCCCCUUUGAGUCCUUGAAUGCUGGAGACCCCAACGCAGCUCUGGCAUCUGAUCAUCAAUCCCAGACUUGGGGCGGGGCUGGGGACUUUUAGAUAUUCUGGGACCUUUAAAAGGCCCCUUUCGUGUCCUUAGCUCCCCCCUCCCAUCUCUCAGACACUGCACAAAGAGGAAGCUCCCAGAAGUCAUGGGUGCGAGGGACACAAAAGAUCUGCAGGGACCCUUCCACUUCCAGCUGGCAGCUGGCCCAGCCCCACCCUUGCCUCCUUUCUUUCUCAAGUUUUGAUCGUCUUUGCAGACCCUGGAGAACCUCAAACAGGUUGCUUGCCCCCUAAACUCCAAAGGGGACUUCCUGUGGCUCUCACUCAGUGGCUCCCAGGAAAGGCUUGAGCCAUGACGUCCCUACUCAGAAGACCCACCCUCCAGGGCUCUAAGCCCCGAUGCCGCUGCCUUCCUGUGCCACUGACUCUCAAUUCUAUGGACACAACAGCCCCAGCCCCUGUGGACUCCAUUCAGCACUGCCGUUGCCAGCUGCCUAAGAUGGGUGACACCUGGUCCCAGCUGCCCUGGCCUGGGCCACCACAACCAGCCGUGCUCCUGGUCUCCCUCCUCUUGGCAGCCGGGGUGAUGCACUCGGACGCAGGCACCAGCUGCCCCGUCCUUUGCACAUGCCAUAACCAGGUGGUGGAUUGCAGCAGCCAACGGCUAUUCUCCGUGCCCCCAGACCUGCCAAUGGACACGCGCAACCUCAGCCUGGCCCACAACCGCAUCGCCACUGUGCCGCCGGGCUACCUCACGUGCUACAUGGAGCUCAGGGUGUUGGAUUUGCACAACAACUCCUUGAUCGAGCUGCCCCCAGGCCUCUUCCUCCAUGCCAAGCGCUUGGCACACCUGGAUCUGAGUUACAACAACCUCAGCCACGUGCCAGCUGACAUGUUCCAGGAAGCCCAUGGCCUGGUGCACAUCGACCUGAGCCACAACCCGUGGUUGCGCAGGGUGCACCCGCAGGCCUUCCAGGGACUGAUGCAGCUCCGAGACCUGGACCUCAGCUACGGGGGCCUGGCCUUCCUCAGCCUCGAGGCCCUGGAAGGCUUGCCAGGGCUGGUGACCCUGCAGAUCGGUGGCAACCCCUGGGUGUGCGGCUGCACCAUGGAGCCCCUGCUGAAGUGGCUGCGAAACCGGAUCCAGCGCUGCACCUCAGAUUCUCAGCUGGCUGAGUGCCGGGGGCCCCCUGAAGUUGAGGGUGCCCCACUCUUCUCCCUCACUGAGGAGAGCUUCAAGGCUUGUCACCUGACCCUGACCCUGGAUGAUUACCUCUUCAUCGCAUUCGUGGGCUUCGUGGUAUCCAUCGCAUCUGUGGCCACCAACUUCCUCCUGGGCAUCACAGCCAACUGCUGCCACCGUUGGAGCAAAGCCAGUGAAGAGGAAGAGAUAUGAUGUACGUGGCUGACAUCCCCUCCAUGCUGCUGACCACCUCUGCCAUUCAUACCAGACACUCUCCCUGGCUGCUCACUCUAGCCCCAUGGUGCCCUGGCCACCUCUGUCAUAGCUCAUGCAAUGUCAGGAAACUGCUUUUGAAUAGCUUCUACUGUGGGCCAGGCACUGUGCUAGGAACUGGCAGUGUUAAAUGAA